GAUGACAUCAACAAACAGUCUAUCCAAUUUUAUGAUCCACAAUCACUCCUACACAGUACACACCAUACGGUUUCCGUUGUCUAUCCACCGCCUCACCACCCUACCACGUGCGGAAUGUUAUCUCCUUCUUAUACUUGCAAUUACGUUACCGACGAGCAACAUUUAAGGUCAAACGAGAGAGCAUGGGCCCACUGGAGAAAAAUAAAGCAGCCGAAACUUAUAGUGGCGCCAAUGUACGACGGUUCAGAGCUCCCCUUCCGAAUGCUUUGCCGGAAGUACGGCGCCGAAGCUGCUUACACGCCGAUGCUUCACUCUCGCAGCUUUGCGGAGAGUAAGAAGUUUCGGUUAAGAGAAUUUAGCACCUGUGAGGAAGAUCGGCCACUGUUUGUCCAGUUCUGUGGAAACGAUCCAGAUAUCUUACUAGACGCAGCAUACCAAGUGGAAUCCUUAUGUGAUUAUGUUGACAUUAAUUUAGGGUGUCCUCAACGGAUUGCCCGGACCGGAAACUAUGGCGCGUUUCUUAUGGACGAUCUUCCUCGUGUUAAAUCUCUAGUUGAUAAACUAGCCACCAAUCUUAGUGUCCCUGUAUCCUGCAAAAUCCGUAUAUUUCCAGUACUACAAGACACUAUAAACUACGCCAAGUUACUAGAAGAUUCCGGUUGUUCACUAAUAGCCGUUCACGGCCGAACAAGAGAUGGAAGAACCCGAGAAAGGGCUAAUUGGGAUGCCAUUAAAUCUGUAAAAGACGCUGUCAAAAUCCCGGUUCUUGCAAACGGGAAUAUCCGUCACAUGGAUGAUGUUCAAAGCUGUUUGAAAACCACAGGUGUUGAAGGAGUGAUGUCAGCAGAGGCUCUCCUUGACAACCCAGCACUAUUUGGUGGAUUCAGAAGUGGUGAAUGGGUUGAAGAUGGUGAAGAUGGUUUCGAAGACGGAAAACUGGAUCGUGGUGACUUGGUGGUUGAGUACUUAAAGCUUUGCGAGAAGUACCCUGUUCGAUGGAAUAUUAUAAUUGCUCAUGUUUACGGGAUGUUAAGGAAAUGGUUUGAGACGCAUCCUGAUAUACGCGAUGAUUUCAAUGUUAAACGGAAGCUCAGUUUUGAGUAUCUUUAUAGCGUGGUUGAUCGGCUUCGGGCUCGUGGUGUUCGGUUCCCUCUUUAUGUGAAAACAAAGCGCCCGGAAGUGAACUUAACACCUUAUAGCUGAUACCGGUUGUUACAAAACCACAUUUUGUUUUAAUUAUACACUUUGAUAUAAAUAUGGAAUAGCAAUUCUGUCCUCAAUUGAACAUCAAUAUGCAAAAUUAGUGGUAACUUUACUAACUAGAUGCUCCCCAUAAACAGCUGUUGCAAGUUUCUUGUUUCCACCCGUCUUCGUUAAGCAAACAUCCAAGGGACUUAUAACAGCAUCAAAGUUUGUCUGCU